AUGAGGUAUUUGCUCCGACUGGGGCAUUCGUUUGCCCGCCUCCAUGUCCGUUUAUGUCACCAUAGUGUUUACAGCAGCCAUGCAAACCCACGAAGACUGGGAGUGGACCUUGGAGAAAAGAAACUUGAGAUCUCUUCAGGGAGGUUUGCUAGAUUUGCUGAUGGAGCUGCUGUGGUACAGCUGGGAGAGACCUCUGUGAUGGUGACUGCUGUGAGCAAAACCAAACCUUCUCCAUCUCAGUUUAUGCCUCUUGUGGUUGACUACAGACAGAAAGCGGCUGCUGCCGGUCGAAUCCCCACUAACUAUUUGAGGCGGGAGCUGGGCACCACCGACAAUGAGAUACUCACCAGCAGGCUCAUAGACAGGUCUAUUAGACCACUGUUCCCUCCAGGUUACUUUUAUGAUACUCAGGUUCUUUGUAACCUGCUGGCAGUUGAUGGUGUCAAUGAUCCAGAUGUGCUGGCUAUUAAUGCAGCUUCAGCUGCUCUGGCCCUGUCUGACAUCCCCUGGCAUGGACCCAUAGGUGCUGUGCGUGUUGGCAUGGUAGAUGGAGAGUUGGUGAUUAACCCCACUAGGGCAGAGAUGGCUUCCAGCAGUCUUAACCUCAUUGUGGCUGGGGGCCCCAGCAGUCAAGUGGUGAUGAUUGAGGCGUCAGCUGAGAACGUGCUGCAGCAGGACUUUUGCCAUGCAGUGAAGGUGGGAGUCAAACACACCCAGCAGAUCAUACACGCCAUCCAGCAGCUGGCGCGAGAACAGAAGGUCACCAAGCGCACCCCAGUCAAGGUCUUCUCAGCCCCGACUGACAUGGUGGAAAAUGUUCGGCAAUUAGCUUCUGAGAAGAUCUAUGCGGUUUUCACUGAUUACACUCACGAUAAGAUUUCAAGAGAUGAAGCUAUCAACAAAGUUCGACUAGAAACUGAAGAGGACCUUAAAGAAAAAUUCCCACAGGCUGAGCACUUUGAAGUCAUUGAAUCCUUCAACACUGUGUGCAAAGAAAUCUUUCGCAAUUUAGUGCUUAAUGAGUACAAGAGAUGUGAUGGGAGGGAGUUGACUGCUUUAAGGAACAUUUCUUGCGAUGUCGACCUCUUUAAACCACUGCAUGGCUCAGCUCUGUUCCAGAGAGGACAAACACAGGUGCUGAGCAGUGUCACAUUUGAUUCCCUGGAAUCCAGUGUCAAAGCAGAUAUUAUCACCACAGCUUUGAGUGGCAUUAAAGACAAAAACUUCAUGCUUCACUAUGAAUUCCCUCCAUAUGCAACAAAUGAGAUUGGAAAAAUGGGAGGCAUCAAUAGGAGAGAGCUUGGACAUGGGGCCCUGGCUGAGAAAGCUCUGAGACCAGUCAUUCCUAAAGACUUCCCUUUCACUAUCAGGGUCACUGCUGAGGUGCUUGAAUCAAACGGAUCCUCUUCAAUGGCUUCAGCAUGUGGAGGCAGCCUUGCGCUGAUGGAUGCAGGUGUGCCCAUCUCUUCCGCUGUGGCAGGUGUUGCAGUUGGCCUCAUCUCCAAGGCCAACCCAGAGAAGCCUGCUGAGAUCCAAGACUACAGAUUACUAACUGAUAUUCUGGGGAUAGAGGAUUACCUUGGAGACAUGGACUUCAAAUUGGCAGGAACAAACAAGGGCAUCACUGCUUUACAGGCUGAUGUGAAGAUCCCAGGUUUGCCUCUGAAGCUGGUCAUGGAGGCUAUCCAGCAGGCCACAGUGGCAAAGAAGGAAAUCUUGGGCAUCAUGAACAAAUGUAUAGCAAAACCCAGAGAGACUAGGAAGGAGAAUGGACCUGUUGUGGAAAAUGUCCGGGUGCCUGUUUCUAGACGAGCACGCUUUGUUGGUCCAGGCGGCUAUAACCUUCGCAGGCUACAAGCUCAAACAGGUGUGACAAUAAGUCAGGUGGACGAGGAGACUUUCUCUGUGUUCGCACCAACACCAGGAGCCAUGAAUGAAGCCCAAGACUUCAUCAGUGACAUCUGCAAAGAUGACCAAGAACAGCAGCUGGAGUUUGGUGCUAUCUACACUGCCACCAUCACUGAGAUAAGGGACAUUGGUGUGAUGGUGAAACUUUAUCCCAACAUGAGUGCUGUCCUGCUGCACAACUCGCAACUAGACCACAAACGGAUCAAACAUCCAAGUGCCUUGGGUUUAGAGGUGGGACAGCAGAUACAGGUCAAGUACUUUGGACGGGACCCAACAGAUGGGAGAAUGAGACUUUCACGGAAGGUGCUCCAGUCUCCUGCUGCAACUGUUGUUAAGACACUAAGUGAGAAACAGAGCAUCUCCAUGGUUUCAAGCAACAGCCACACGACCAGCACCGAUUUGUGACACACCAACAGACUAGAUUGUGUUACAGAAUAGUCCUACCAAACCAAGCAUCAGAUCUUGUCACAAACUGGACCAGUGCUGUACAUAAAGAGGUUGUGGAUAUGGAUGUGAUUCAACUGGAGCACUGGGGUGAACUGUGCUUCAAUGAAUGUACACAAACUGAGAAGAACAUUUGGAUUAUGAUGAGCAGGAGACAUGUGUUAGAAAAUUCUACAUGUUUCAUUUUUAAAUAUCCCCUUUCAUGGUGUCUUGUUUUGCCACCUGGAGUAACUUUGACAGAAUCAGGCAGUAAGAGGAUUUGCUUUAAGUUUCCUCCAACACAGUCACCUAGCGGUUUUACCUAACAAACAGUGCAAUCUAACAAAGUGUUUCUUAUUCAAAUUUCAUCAUACUGCCUCUUCUGGUAUGGAACUUCCAUAUUUGGUGUCCACUAUGGCAGUGUAUCCUCCAAGCUGCCAGGAUCAAGAUAUGGACAAAGAAAAUUGUUUUUGUAAUAUUCCCUUAAUGUUGUGUUGCAUUUACAGUAUGUGUGAGUCAUCUGUAAAUAAGUGGUUGCUUUGUGGUGUUGAAAUUCACAACCAUUUCCAGUAAAGAAAUACCAUGCACAUAUAAGGAACCAGACUCUGAUCUAGCCCAACAUUCAGAUACCAGAUGUACAAAAAAAGCCAACAACAGAAUGCCACAAAUUGUACUCUUAGUAGAGAAAAAGGUCAAUAUAACCAAUCGAAAUGAUAAAAAACAUAGUUAAAGCAAAAUUUUAGACUACAAAAGCCAGGUUGCACAAUAGGAGGAAGUAAAAAUGCUAUACAAUAAAAUGGAUAAUGUGUUGAAUGAAAAAUUUGUAAUUGAAGACAUGAAAUGAUUCAAAAAAGAAUAUUACCCGAUCUGACGGCUGGAGCUACUUUAUACCAACCAGUGAACAGGCAGUGAUCCAAACUAUUUUAAGCUUUAAGCCAUCUUCAACCCACCCACCCUGGCGCACAGCUAGUUGUUGUUGUUUCACCUAUGUAAAAAAAAAAAAAGGCCGUCUUUGUUGCUGGUUCAAAUGGGGACGUACACAAGGACCUCAUCACCAGUUGUAAUACCCAUGAAGACAACAUGCUUGACAUAAAAACAUCAACAGCUUGAUAGGUGCAGGGUUAAGGUUUCAGGGCUCCUAAAUAAUCUGGUGGUGAGAUUUCCUACACCCAUGAGAUGUACAGCCCUGAGGCUCGGGAAAUACCCAUUGCUGUGUCACACACUGCCUGGAUUUGGUUGGAAUUGUUUACAUAAAUAAGAAUUUAAUUAUUCAGGCCUCUGACAGAAUUUGUGGUUACAUUUAAAACUCCCAACACCCUAACCUAAAUAUGCGCCAAAUUAAUAUGUCAUCUCCAUGGGGUAAACAUUGAGACAAUCUGUUAAUGUAUACGCUUUUCCAAAUAGCAUCUGUUGUUAACUGGAAACUUUCUGAAUAAUACAACAGAACAGAAAGAGUCAUUUGCACUGUCCAGAAACGGACCCCUUUGGGCAGGGAAAGUACAGUGUGUACUGGUGUUUCGUUCUUGGCUGGAGGGCAUUCAGGAUGCUCAAUAUCUGUAACGGUACCAAUAAACUGUGUGUGUGUG